CUGACAAUUGUCUAUGACACCCGGACCAACAGAGAAGACAGAUAAACAAACAUUAACACGGAUUAUUUUGUGCCAAUCAAAGCGAUAUUCGUCUGCUGAAGCUCGUUAACACUCACACAGUCCAUAUGCUUUGCAUGGCAUGGCGGAGAAACAGGACAAUGAGGUGGAGGAGGCUGACCAAAUCUACUUGUUGAUGAAGGAGGAGUAUCGGAUCUCUAGGAAUGUGCGUCUGGCAUGGUUCCUUGGUAAGCUUAACCAAGUCAUCUGGCCAGCCUCAAAGCCUGAACUGCUGAACUCAGAGAAUGAAUUGGACUUGUUGAGCAUCUUACCGAAAGGAUGGCAGCCAGAUUUCUCCCCAACCAUGUACCCGUACAUGUUGGUGCCCUCCACUCGGGCCACCUUCCUGGCUCGGAGGUACAGAUUCAUCAUCGAGCUGGAUCUUAGCCCUUCCACGGGGAUUGUGGAUGACAGCACAGGAGAGAUGAUCUUUGAUGAGGUUUUUCAUGCCCUGUCAAGGUGCCUGGCUGGUCUGGCUCAACCAUUCACAGUCCCUGGAACUGAUCAGCUUUUCAAGCCAAAGAUCUUUAUCACCAUCUUGGCAUAUUCAUCAAUUAUCGGCCUCACAUCCCACCAGGUUUUGGUACAGGGCUGUCAACUUGAAAGAACAGACCUCAGUGAGUUCUUACAUCACAUUUAUCAACAACUCAGAGCUGUGGAGAGCAACAUUGCUGAAGUCCUUCAUCAGCAGCAUGAACAGUCUCUGGAGCCACUCCUAAACCCAAGUCUUCAUAGCAACAACAUGGACAAUCAGCCUCACAGGAAGCAGGGCAUUUCUAUUGUGUCAGCUGAUAUGGGUCUGCUCAGCAUGGUACGCCAGGGCAUCCUUGCCCUUCAGCUGCUGCCUCCAAACUCCAGUGCAGGUAUCCUUAUAAUUACAGAUGGAGUGACCAGUGUCCCUGAUGUAGCAGUGUGUGAAACCCUGCUGAACCAACUCAGAAGUGGAACCAUUGCUUGCUCUUUUGUACAGGUUGGCGGUGCAUACUCCUAUGACUGCAGCUUUGGAUACAUCCCUAAUGUAGAGCUGAUGAAGUUCAUAUCAUUAGCUACCUUUGGCUCAUACCUGCCUAGCUGCCCUGAAGUGGACCUGACCAGCCAAGAAAUGAAUGCCUACCACAAGGCCUUCUUAACCUACUCCUUCCUCAAGACCCCUGAGUCGAUGAAUUCAGAGUACUACUGUGUUUCCCAGCACAAACUGUUUAAUGAGCAUCUGGUGUCAGCCAGUGGUAACCCCGCGCUGGUCAUGAGGAGGAAGAAACACACAGAGAAGGAAGUCCAUGCUCAUUUAAUCAGUGUAGUGUCUGUGCGACUGAGAGAGGGCUACACCAUCAGAGAAAUCAGCCUCACCAAAGGCGGAACUCAAUUGGAGGUGAAACUGGUGCUGUUAUGGAAACACAACAUGCAUAUCGAGUACCUGGCAGCGGCUUCCUGGCCACUGGACCCCACCAAGAGAAGCACAAAGGUGGAGGUGACGAUGGAGGGAAGCUAUGACAUCCUACAUGAUAUCAGCUGCACCCAGAGGAAACCCAUCACCAGCCCUUACCGGACCUCUGUCAUCCGCCGCUUUUGGAACACACUGCAGAGCAUCAACCAGACUGAUCAGAUGUUGGUGCACCUCCAGGCAUUUAACUCAGUUCCUGAGAACUACAUGAUUCCUGAAAGCACCAAAAAUGGAGUUCCUCUGUUCUACAUCCCCCCUGGCUCUACUACUCCGGUUCUUUCCCUGCAGCACAGUGGAUCCAAAGACUCCCCUCAGUCCAAGUUUGCUUCCUACUGGAAACCCAUUCUCUCCAUGGAUGCCAACUUCUGGCAGAGAUGGCUCCAUAUGCAUCGCAUCACCAUCAUCCUUGAACAUGACAUGCCUGUCCCCAAGCACCUGCACACAGCUGGAAAUAACGGACGUUACAGCACCAUUCAGUGUCGAAUCUCCCACUCUGCCUUAACGUCACUGUUGAAAGACUGGAGCAGCUUUGUGCUUGUGGAGGGUUACUCAUAUGUUAAACUCAUAUACAGUUCAUCUGACCAGCCUCCCACGUCCUUCUACCUCGUCCGUCUCAUCUCUAAGACACCCUGUAUGGUGCUUCGUCUUGGCUUCCCUAUUGGUACACCUGCCCAUGUCCGAAACAAGAUUGUCGAUGAGCUUCGAGAACAGAUCCUCAAACUUCGCUUUCCUCACCGUGUUCAAAACAAAGAGGCCACCCCCAAGACCAAGAGGAAUCCCUCUCCAUCUAAAUCUUCCAUCCCUGCUCCCAAACCUGCCCUGUCAGACAGACCCUGUGUGGUAGUCCUGAACAAGCCCCUGGAGAAGCUUCUCAUAAGGUAUGAGAAGCUGCCAGUGGAUUUUAAGACCCCCUUCAUUUUAAACAUGGAGAACUUCCAGCCUUCUAGCAGUGCUGUGCCUCUAAGCAUGGCAGCCAACCGAACAGCCUCCUCUACCUUGGCCUCACUGUCCCGUUACUUCUUGCACCAGCGCUGGGUGUGGGCCGUGCAGAGCAGUCAAGGAUCGGCUGUGGCCAUUCAAGCUGUUGCACACAUCCUGUCAAUGCUCUCUGACAUCCGUUUAUCGGAAGGCUUCCACUUUGCUGCCAGUGGAGAGGGAAUCGUAAACAUGGUGAUCGAGCUCCCAAUGAAGGGGAUGUCAGGAGACACGAACAGAGAGAGCCACUCUUGUAUUGUUCAGUACAUCCUGUUUCCACCUCACUCUACUUCAACAAAGGACAGCUUCUCCACCGAUGAUGAUAAUGACACAGAGGUGGAAGCUGUAGACAUGGACACAGAACUGAGCCUGGUGACAGAGUGCUGGGUAGAACCACAGAGUGGCGCAGUGAUGAACUGCAUGGACCAGCAUCGCCACUUUCAGGGCCUCAGUUACCAGGAGAUCCCUCAAGCAAUUUUCCCAAGGGAUCUGACUUGUAUAUCCACCAUGAUGACCUUUGAGUAUUUGAGCCAAUUGUGUCAGAAUAAGCACCAGAUCUGCUCACUACCAGUUGGACUCAAGGAUGUAAGAGGAGGAGCUGUGGCCUCUGAGGACAAUGUUCACAUGAUUCCUUUUCAGUUUGACCUUAUUCAGCUGCUUCCAAAAUGCCAGCAGGUUGAACUCCUCUUCCACACAUUCAGUACAGUGAUGGAGAAUGCAAAGCAAAAUCACAGCUCCCCCUGUCUGCCAAACGAGCUCCUGCUUAGCCUCUUCCACAGCAGCCUGGAGCAUGAGCUCACUGACAGAGAGAUCCUGUUGGCUGAAAGUGAUCAUGUCGCCUUCAUGCACCACAUCUUAGAGCGAGAACGAAACGGCCACGCUGCUCCGUUUUCCUUUCCUAUUAGCAAAGAGGAGUGUGUAAAGCGUCCAGACAGACAGGACACUAUGACAUCCUUUCACACUACUGGCAGCAGCAAAGAGGUGAUGGGAUCUACCAGCACUUUACAGAGUUUCAGUAAUGCAGACCUUGUGGAUGACGAACCCUUACUGGUAGAUAGCAGCUGCUCUGUGCCACAGUGGAGGUGCUACGCCAAGUACAUCAGCCCCCAGCAGAUCCUCCUCACUUUCCUCCCUGCUUCUUUCACAGAUGUUCUGGUGUUAAUGGCUACAGGGAUCGAGACAGAGUGUCAGAGUAACAUCAGCAUGCAGGAUGAUGACGCUCUGAUGACUCCAAGCAACAAAUCUCAGGUUGACACUCUAUCUGGUUCCAUCAGUGGGCUGGAGAGGUCUGAGUCUGGCUUCAGUUUGACUGGUGAACUACAAAGGAAGCCUAGCAAUAGACCCUUUUCCGCCAGAUCCCCUGUGCUUUCACCUCAGUCAGAAGGCCAGACAUGGCCUACUGACUCACCGAUGCUGGACCAAGACAGCUGGGACCAUAGGGUAACAGAGAUAGAGAAUGGAACCCCAAACUCAGAUGUGGGAGAAAAAGAGGUCCAGUUCUCUGAACCACAGAAAGCAGACUUCAGCUUUGACAGACAUGUUUCCCAGCAAGGAACCAGAUAUAGCAGUCAGUUAAAGUGUCCAGUCUACAUCUACAACUGCUCUCUGGAGCACCUAAAGGACCAACUGUUACACACCAACUUCACCCGCCAGCCCAGGGACAUCUUCAGGUACUGA